GCUGAGUUCACUGGACAUAAACUUCCAUCGAGGACACGCCCCAGCUCUCCUUGUCAGCCGAGACGCCCUUCAUCGUUGACCCUGACACACACACGCGACACCACACACACAUCGCAGGGAGGCACCCCUCUCCCUCUCCCUCUUUGUGGUUGUGGUUACCGAAUGCGAUUGUGACUUGGUCUGCCGUGUGUGUGAAUGAGAUGUCGAUGGGCACAGCGAACUUGCCCUCAGACACCGAUGGAUCCCCACACACAUUCACACUGCACACAGAACACACAAACAUCCAUCUGUCUGUCCGUCCAUCCGUCCGCGUACCCGUCUUGCUCAUGGUCUUGGCUGUGCCUCUCUGUCCACACGUGGAUGAGCUCUCCGCUGCGGCCGACGUCCGCACGCAUAAAGCCGGUCUCUCCUAUCCACGCGUCGAUGAAGUAGUACGUCGCUCGGAUUCGGAUGUGCGAGUGUGGCGGCAGACCCUUGAAGACCUUCGACACCUCACCCUCGCUGUCAAAGCAUACACACACAUGUCAUGGACUCAUCAACGUGGGUGCCAGGUCAUUCAUUGUGUGGCCAUAUGGGUGGAGGCCUCACUCACCUGAAGGCUCUGUAUCCGCCGAGCAUGGUGAGUCCGGCACACUGCGUGACGGUGUUGUUGUCCCAGCCUGUCACACUGCCGCUGAAAUCCUCCUUGUGCCACUGACACCACAAAUGACAUCACACACUCUUUUUGUCUGUCUCUCUGUGUGUGUCUCUCUCUGUGUGUGUGUGUGUCCAUUACGAGUCUCCACUGUGGCACGCCGAAUGACUUGAGGUCACCCUCCACAUCCAAAGACCUUCGCACACACACACACACACACACACAACACAUGUCAAGACAGACAGACAUUUCGUGUGUGUGUUUGUGUGUUGUGCGUGUGUGUGUCUGUACUUGACGAGAAGUCCGGAGGGGAUAGUCAGUGUGUUGUCGGUGCCAAGCGAUAGUGCCGUCGUGCCGCCCCGCAUUAUGACGAACUCGCCGCUCGGCUUGACGCCCAUUCGGUAGUCGCUGUCUGCCGACGGACCGAACGACACGAAGCCCGGCUGCCCGCUCACACUCACGACGCGAAGGCCGGGCACGGCCACCCCGCCUCGAGUGGCCGGGCCAGACAUCAG